GUUAUGAGAUGAACUUGAAACCGUUCUUGUAGCAGUUUUUUCAUGCUCGAGGAUAAACAGUUUCCUGAUAUCAUUCAAGUGAACAACAUUUAGCGGCAAGCGUACGCGUAGGCGAGGCCCAUCGAAGGAUCGUCAGGGGCACGCGUAGGCAAAAUCCGAAGUGGGACUGAAGGUUGAGGAAGGUGGGGUCCUCCUUGUGAUCGAAUCAUGAUCAUCUCCGCAUUCGUUGGAGACCCGUUAAUUCGCUUUGUAUCGUCGCGGAGCACAGAUAUUUUUCAGCAGAGAGUAAUCAGGAACAUGGAUCAUUCGUGGACAGCAGUUCUUCUUUUCUUUUCUUUUCUCGCGAUAGUCAAUGGCGGACACUAUCAGUCGAGGAUAAUAUCGGGAAACGUUGUUGCCCAUAGUGGUUGCGAUACGUACACUUGCGGAGUCAAUGCAAGAUGUACACUAAGCGAAGCGAGACCAGUUUGUUCUUGCAUGAACCUGCAUAUGGGAGAUCCUCUGUCGCGUUGCGUACGGGUCGAGUGUCUAAUAAACGAAGACUGCAGCAGUAGCCAGGUUUGCACGAAUAAUAGAUGCAUAAAUCCAUGCGAUGGUUUGUGCGGCGUGAAUGCGAUAUGCGAGACCAAAAAUCAUAUUCCAACGUGUUAUUGCCCGCCUGGACAGACGGGAGAUCCAUUUACCUCGUGCCAUAUAGCUGAUCCUCAGGCCGCAUGCAAGCCAAAUCCGUGCGGUUUGAACACUAAAUGUGAAGUAGUAAACGAGGUAACAGUAUGCAGCUGUUUACCAGGAUACAUAGGAUCCCCGUCAAUUGGUUGUCGUCACGAAUGUGAAAGCGACAGCGAGUGCCCCGGUCAUCUCGCUUGCUCAGCUUCCUUCAAGUGCGAGAGCCCGUGCAAAUGCGGCACAAACGCGGAAUGUAGGGUCGUUGAUCAUCAAGCAAUAUGUACCUGUCCAAAGAAUUGGUUGGGGAAUGCGUUUGUGUCGUGUCGGCCAGAAUGCACUGCUCAUUCUGAUUGCCCAGGGAACAAACCUGCCUGCCUCUACCAGAAAUGCAUGAACCCCUGCGACGGAGUAUGCGGUGUGAACGCAGACUGCAACCUACGAGGAAUCACUCCAGUUUGUAGUUGUCCGAAACACAUGACCGGCAAUCCUUUCUUCAGCUGUAGGCUUUUUGAAGCGCAAGACUUGUGCGAACCGAAUCCGUGCGGAGUGAACGCGAUUUGUACGCCGGGGCACGAUAACACGGGGAAGGAGAGACCUGUGUGCACAUGCCCCACUGGUUACAUCGGUAAUGCAUUGGUGAAUUGCCAGCGCGGAGAAUGUUUCACGGACAGCGAGUGUCCCGAUAGCAAGGCAUGCAUAGACUUCACUUGCCAGAAUCCCUGUACUGGUAAAGAGUGCGGGCCAACUGCAACGUGUACUCCACGACGUCACAUAGCGGUAUGUACCUGUCCGGAUGGUACACGAGGUGACGCGCUUUAUAAUUGCAAUUUGAUCGAAAACAGAUCUGCCUACAACUAUGGUCGGCAAUAUCGAUAUCAUUAUUAGUAGUCGGUAAUCCGAUCUCGCGAGAUUAACGGAAAAAUGUAACAGUGAUAACUAUCUUAAUAUUAUCUGUAUAUAAUCGAACAUGGAACAUACAUAUUUAUCUGAUCUUCGAGAACGCAGAAUGUACACCAGUAAUCACUGAAUACCGAAUAGAUUUGGAAAGGGAUGUACAUGCAACUCAUUUUAAAUCUAUUCAAUAACGUUAUUCAACGAAUAAAAACCUGCCUUUUUACCUUUGCGCACGUGCAGCGCUCGAGUGACGAUCAUUUUCCCGCUGUCGUCGUUAAUGUUUCUUGACCUUCUGACAAAAUUAAGGUCUGCAGGUGUGCGUGGGCGUACAUGCAAACGCCAAGCAAAACGAAGUCAUUUUUAAAUUUGUUUGCGUAAACAUACAAAAGUAAUGUGUAAAACGUAGAUGCAUUUACUUUUGUUUAAACUUUAAUGAUUUUUUAUAGCCAUUCAAAACUACAAAAUGUAACAAAACUAUAGACUAAAUUAAGCUUUGUAUCGUUUUUAAUUUUCAUGGAAUUUAUUUUUGCUUAAAACAAUUUGGUUUCAUAGAAAUUCGCAAUUUUUAGUGGAUAUUGCGAAACGGAAAUUUCUCUUAUCAGUUAUAUCACGGCGUCGACGUACGGCCGAUGUAUAAUUAUAAUUAAUGAAAAUGAGGUUUGCUUACUUCGAAAAGGCAAAUCAAUAACUGCUAGUAGUAUGUAUAUGUAUAGUUUAACUUCUUUGUUGCUUCAACGUAUCGAUCCAUCGUUAAAAUCUUUAUCAGUUGUAUAAAUUUGUUAAUCUUUAACCUAAAAUAGAUUGAAGUAUUUAAUCAAUAAAGAAGUUAAACUGAACCUGUACAGUAACGAUUAUUUACACAAUUAAUGUUUCAACAGGUUAAAAUUGUUAAGCAUUUGUAUUGUUAGAAUAGAUAAAAGAGCUUUAUGACUAAGUGGUAAA